AUGGAAAAGGUCUGUAACUUCUUCUCUCAUACUGCUUAUAAGUGCAAGAUGUCUCGAAAAAUCAACAACAUCAAUGAAGAGUUGAGGGAUAUCAAUCGUUCAGCGAAUGAGCUCGGUCUCCAAUCACAGAUAGUUCCUUCUCGACAAAUACUACCAAUUCGAGAAACAGAUUCCGUAGUUGUUGCUUCAGAUGUUGUUGGUAGAGACCACGAUGUUGCUGAAAUAAAGAGGAAGAUGUUGAACAUCAGAGAGGGUGUUGCUCUGUGCACCAUUCCCAUAGUGGCUAUGGGGGGCUUAGGGAAAACUACAGUGGCUAAGAUAAUUUUCAAUGAUGAGGAAAUCGAGAAACAUUUUGAUAAGAGAAUCUUCGAAUCAUUGACACGGGGGAAUCUUAAGGUCCAAAACAGGGAUACAAUUGUCAAGGAGCUCCGAAAAGAACUCGGAGGGAACAAGUAUUUGCUUGUCCUGGAUGAUUUGUGGCACGUUGACGAGACACUGUGGCAUGAGUUUGUGGACACCUUGAGAGGAAUAAAUACCUCCAGAGGAAACUGCAUUCUCGUGACUACUCGUAUUAAACGGGUGGCAUCCACAGUAUCAGGAGAUAUUCAUAUGUUGGGAAGAUUAUCAGAUGAUCAUUGUUGGUCCAUUUUCAAACAAAGAGCAUUUGCUGAUGGGGAGGUUCCAGAAGAAAUGGUGAGCAUGGAAAACAGGAUUGUUGAAAUGUGUCAAGGUCUUCCGCUGGCUGCAAGUGUGUUGGGAGGCCUCUUACGCAAUAAGGAUAAACAUGAAUGGCAGGAAAUUCUUUCUGGCAACCGCGUUGCAGGUGGAGAUGAUAAAGGGGAAAAUAGGAUAAAGAAAAUCCUAAAACUCAGCUAUGAUUAUCUACCAUCUGCACAUCUUAAAAAAUGUUUUGCCUACUUCGCAAUGUUUCCAAAAGAUUUUGAGUUUGAAAAGGACCAACUAAUCCAACUCUGGAUGGCAGAAGGCUUUCUUCGUCCAUGUGAAGAGACUCCUGUGAUGGAAGACGUUGGAAACGAGUUUUUUCAACUCUUGUUGCGAAAUUCCUUGCUGCAAGAUGUUGAGCUUGAUGAGCACAAGAAUAUAACACGCUGUAAGAUGCAUGAUCUUGUGCAUGAUUUGGCUGGAGAUGUCUUAAAAUCUAAACUAUUUGAUCCGAAGAGCAUCGGAGGAGAAAAUCUUUCUCAAGUUCGAUACUUUGGAUGGGACUCACCAAGUGAUCAAAUAGAUAAGGUAAAUGAGUCAAGGCGUUUGUGCACAUUGUUCUGGAGAAGCGAUAUAUUUAAAGACAUGGUAUUGAGCUUUCAGUUCUUGAGAGUUUUAAAUUUGUCCAUGUCCAGCAUCGAGGAGUUGUCCGCCUCAGUCGGCAAGCUAAUAUACUUGAGAUAUAUCGAUCUAUCCAACACUAUGAUCAAAACCUUGCCCAACUCCAUUUGCAAGCUCUACAAUUUGCAAACGUUUAGAGUGAGUAACUGCUUUUCACUGGAGGAACUUCCAGCUGAUAUGGGAAGUAUGCUAAGUUUGAGACACAUAUAUUGCAAAACUGGUGAUCUUGCUAUGGCGUGGGAACGACGGUUUACUCGGUAUAUGCACUUUCAGAUGCCACUUAACAUGGGACAAUUGACUUGUCUUCAAACCCUACAGUUUUUCAAGGUGGGAUCAGAGGAAGGUCGUCAAAUAAAAGAAUUAGGUCCUUUGACGAACCUUAGAGGUGAAUUGACGAUCAAUAAUCUGCAAUUGGUCCGUAGUAGAGAAGAAGCUGGAAGAGCAUAUCUACAGAAGAAACCAAAUAUCUACAAGCUAGCAUAUUCAUGGUCCCAUGAUGAAUCAGAAGACUGUGACAUCAAUGAUGAGUAUGUUUUGGAUGGUCUUCAACCGCAUCCUAACUUGAAAACCUUAGCGGUGAAGGACUAUUUGGGAAUUAGAUUUCCUUCAUGGUUCAGUGAAGAAUUGUUACCAAAUUCGGUCAAAUUGAAAUUAAGUGGUUUCAAAAAGUGCAAGGAAAUUCCUUCACUUGGUCAAUUGGAAUCCCUACAGCAUCUUGAGCUGAUAGGGUUCCAUGAGGUGGAAUGUGUUGGACCUAAAUUUUAUGGUGUUGAGGUUAACAAUAUUGGAUCAAGUAGCAAUAACGCCAACAUCCAAGUGUUCCGAUUACUCAAAGAACUAGUAUUGAAAGAUAUGCCUAGUCUUACUGAGUGGAAGGGAGUGGGAUUGUUACCAACAAGAACUGGUGGUAGAGACGGACUUGGAGUGAGAAUAUUUCCUGUGCUUGAGAAGUUGAGCAUUAGUGGCUGUCCACUGUUAAAAAGUACAACGAAUCAAUUUGAAGUCCUACGUGAAUUAAGCAUUAAAGAACUUGACAGUGAAAUGCCAUUGUUGAACUUGUGCAGCAAAUUGACAUCUCUCGUAGAGCUUACUGUCUGUGAUGUGAAAGAGCUCACUUGUAUUCCAGAUGAGAUGCUACGCAACAACUUUUCUCUUAAACAUCUUUCGUUCUCAGAUUGUGGAGAGUUUCGUGAAUUGCCACAAAGCUUGUACAAUCUCCGUUCUCUUAAGAGCUUAGAGAUUGACAGCUGCACCAAUUUCAAUUCCAUUCCUGUUCCCAGGGGAGAGAAUCAUUUGACUUCCCUUCAAAGUCUUAAGUUGUCCAAUUGUGAUGGAUUGAACAGUUUACCAAGUGGAAUGCUAGAGCAUUGUCGAUCUCUUGAAUCUUUGGAUUGUUAG